AUGGACGCCAAUUUCAUCCCAAGCAAUCAAUCCUCCGCUCUGGAGGGAGUAUUGAUAGACAGGGACAAAAAGGAGAUGCUUCCUAAUUACUUCCUUGAGAAACUUCUGGUGUUCGACAAAAACAACCAGUCUCUACACGAGCUGCUGAAGUAUUUUGACGGGGACGAGCAAGGCAUCAUUGGGAGUGGUUCUCCCGCCAUGCGGAUCACCAUCUCCAUUGUUUACUCGAUGGUGUGCGCCUUGGGGCUGGUGGGCAACGUGCUCGUGCUGUACCUGAUGAAGAGCAGGCAGGAAUGGAAGAAGUCCUCCAUCAACCUCUUCGUGACAAGCUUGGCAGUGACGGAUUUCCAGUUCGUCUUGACCCUACCUUUCUGGGCAGUGGACACCGCCUUAGACUUCAGCUGGCCCUUUGGGAAGAUCAUGUGCAAAAUCGUCACCUCAGUCACCACCAUGAACAUGUACGCCAGCGUGUUCUUCCUGACCGCUAUGAGCAUUGCGAGAUACUGGUCAGUGGCGUCGGCACUGAAGCCCAGGAGGAGAUUUUCCGGAUGCUCCGCUAAGUGGAUCAGUGUCCUGAUCUGGAUCUCGGCGAUCUUAGCUAUCACCCCUCAAGCCGUAUUUUCCACAACCAAAACGUUCUUUAAUGAAGAGUUUUGCUUGCUUAAGUUUCCAGAACAUAACGGCUCCACUCAGUUCUGGCUGGGCGUGUACCACAUUCAAAAGAUCUUGCUGGGGUUCGUGGUCCCGUUCAUCGUUAUCACCGUCUGCUACCUGCUCCUUCUACGUUACGUAACCAAGAAGAACAUCGGCAGCUCCAGCACCAAAAGGUCAAAAGUGACCAAAUCGGUCAAAAUCGUUGUCCUUUCCUUCUUCAUUUGCUGGCUUCCCAAUCAAGCCUUGACAUUCUGGGGUGUCCUGAUCAAGCUCAACGUCCUUCACUUCAGCAACGAAUACUAUAACACGCAUUCCUACAUCUUCCCCAUCACCAUCUGCCUGGCCCACACUAACAGCUGCCUGAACCCCGUUUUGUACUGCCUCAUGAGAAGGGAGUUCAGGAAGGCCUUGAAGGGAAUGUUCUGGAGGGUGACCUCCCCGACCAUUAUAAACAUGCGCCCCUUCACGGCCACCGCCAAGCCAGAGCAGGAAGAUCAGAAGCACGCCAUAAUUCCGAUAAACUCCGUGCCGCCUGACAUUUCCUACUACCCGCCAGGGGUUGUAAUGCACAAUAGUCAAUAUGACAUCUUGCCAGCCAGCUCUGCGGAGCGCCGUUAUUAGAAGUGUUAGUGACACGGUUACAUUGCUCUGUUUUCCAAACGAACUAUUUCUUGUGCUUUUUUUUUGAAUGAUUGUAAAUGGAUCCGGUGGUGUAAGUCUGUCUCCGUUUUAUUUACAUGUUAUCUCACAAACGCCAGUUAUUACUGUAAUGCGAUGCUAGUCCAUCGAUGGGGAGCAGCUUCACGCGCGUGUUCAAACUGCAGCGGUUCCCAUUAAUAAUAUAGAAUUUACUCUUUUUUUCGGGAUAAGGUGCCCUUUCCCAAAGAGCCGUUUGUCGCCUAUAUUAAGGUAGCCGGACAGCGACCUAGCUAGUCGUAAAACCGGCAUCGAAAUAUUACCAAACCAACGCAGAAGUCUCUCGCGAAUUGUUGUGAAAUCCGAUUAGAAACCGGAUCGAAGUCACUAUGCAACAUCAAAACCCAAUAUCUUGGGGGAAUCUGAUUGGUAUUUUAGAAGCAUUGAUUUAAAUUUCCCCAAAAUGGUUCAUAAGCAGCGAAAUACAACAAAUAUAAAAACAUGACUCGGGCAAACUCGAAUAAAGUAUGAUCCUUUAAACAAAUUGAACAGAUUUAUACACUAAGUAGACACUUUAUUAGGUAUGAAGUGUAUGCUCAUGGUUUCUGCUGCUUCACUUAUCCACUGCAAGCCUCGACCUGCUGUGUGUUCAGAGACGCUCUUCUGCACGCCAGUGUUGUAGCGUGUGGUCAUUUGAGUUACUGUCGUCUUGUCAGCUUGAAUCAUUCUGGCCAUUCUCCUUAGACCUCUCUCAUUAACAAGGCGUUUUUGCCCGCAGACUACCGCUCAAUUGACUUUUUUUUUUGCCCCGUUCUCUGUAAAAUGUAGAGGCUGUUGUGCGUGAAAAUCCCGGACGAUCAGCAGUUUCCGAGAUACUCAAACCAACUGGCACCAACAAUCAUUCUACGGUUAAAGUCAUUUAAUGACAUUUCUCCCCAUUUCUGAAGUUUGGC